GCCAACAGCAGUCAACAGCGAAUCCUUCAUCCAUCUUCUCCCUCGAGGCCUCUCCUCGACCAACCCCCCGUGACCUUCCCUCUCCCUCGCCCCAACCGCCCCCACCCACUCUUCUCCAUGUGCUCCCUUCCUCCCUCCCGGCCUCAUCAUCCUCCCCCCCUUCCGCCUCCCAUGUGCCGCCCCCAUCUCCUCCCCCUCCUCCUCUUCGCCCUCCUCCUCCUCCUCCGCCCCACUCCGCUCGCCUCCCAACCGGCCGCCCCCUCUCCGGCGCCGCAAUGCGCGCUCAACUUCACCGCGCUGCUCCCCUUCCUCGCGCCGCCGCUGCCGUCGGACGACGCCACCCGCUGCGCGGUCGCCACGCAGUCCGUCGCCUUCCUCCUCUCGCUCCACCUCGCGGCCACAUCAUCCUUCGUGCUCCCACCCGACGCCUCCUCCUGCCUGUCCCCUCUCCGCGCCACGCUCCCCUACCCGCUCCCGGCGUCAGGCUGCGGCCUCUCGGGCCUCGACGCCGUCCUCGCCUCCCCGGGCUGCGGCAACGUCUCCACGGUCGCCGAUUUCGACGCGCUCGUCCCGCCCUCCUCGCGCCAGGACAUCGACGCCAGCUGCGACCGCGACCUCUCCGCCGUCCCCGACUGCACCGCCUGCUCCACCGCGCUCAGCAAGGCUGCCGCGGCCUAUCUCCUGGCUGUAUUCCCGAACGCCACUGGGAAUAACAACGUCACCGGGUGCGUGCAGUACCCCUCCAUCUACGCCGGCGCCGAGGCUAGCCCACGCGGGCCCGCCGACCCGGCCACUGCCUACUGCCUCUUUCUACUCAAGGCGAACCCGCCUCAGUCCCACAGCUCCGGUACCGCCCCCUGGGUCUACGGCGUCGCGUUCGGCUCCCUCGCGGCAGUGCUGCUCCUCGCCGCAGCCGUGGGAUGCUGCUUCGUCGUGAGGCGGAGGCAGGCGCGAGCUGCCGCUGCUGCACUGGCCGCAGACAGCAGGAGCAAGCGCUCUCAGGCCAUGGAGUCCAUCAGCGCCAGCACCACGCUCGUCAAGUUCACCUACGACGAUAUCAAGGCUGCCACCGAUGGGUUCGCCAGGAAGAGCAUUAUCGGCCACGGUGGCUUUGGGAAUGUCUACAAGGGGGUGCUGCGCGACGGUGCCGAGGUGGCAGUGAAGCGAUUCAAGAACUGCUCCGCGGCUGGGGACGCCGCCUUUGCACAUGAGGUGGAGGUGGUGGCCAGCGUGCGCCACGUCAACUUGGUCGCGCUGCGUGGGUACUGCAUCGCCACCACACAGAGGGAAGGCCACCAGCGGAUGAUUGUUUGUGACCUGAUGCACAAUGGCAGCCUGUAUGACCAUCUGUUCGGUGCUGGAGAAUGCCAGUUGCCGUGGCCGGUGAGGCAGAGGAUUGCCAUUGGUAUGGCAAGAGGGCUGUCAUACCUGCAUCGUGGUGCACAGCCAGCCAUUAUUCACAGGGAUAUCAAAGCGAGCAACAUCUUACUUGAUGAUGAGUUUGAGGCCAAGGUGGCUGAUUUCGGACUGGCCAAGUUUGCGCCUGAGGGCAUGACGCAUGUGAGCACAAGGGUUGCCGGAACACUAGGUUAUGUUGCCCCAGAGUAUGCACUCUACGGCCAAUUGACUGAGAAGAGCGAUGUGUAUAGCUUCGGUGUUGUGCUUCUUGAGCUUCUGAGUGGAAAGAAGGCGUUCAUUUCUCUCAGUGAGGGACAGAGCUUUGUGCUCACUGAUUGGGCUUGGUCUUUGGUGCGAAGGGGGAGGACAGCGGAGGUGAUCCAAGAGGGAAUGGUUGAUCCUGGUCCAACUAAGGUGAUGGAGAAGUAUGUGCUUGUUGGUGCGCUUUGCACACAUCCCCAGCUGCAUGCAAGACCGACAAUGGAGCAGGCCCUGAAGAUACUCGAGGCUGAUUCAGUACCAAGUCCUUUGAUUAUUCCUGAGAGGCCAAUCCCUGUUGUUGCAAACCUGGCUGAGAUUGAGAGGUCAGCCAGCAGCAGUGGAUCAGGUCAGCUGUUUAGCCCCUCUGGUUUCCGAUCUUUUAUUCAUGCAAAUGUGGAUGCUGCUGUGGUGUCUCCAAAUGAAACAUGACCGUUUACUUAGACAAUUAGUGAAAUGAUAUCACUAGAAUUCACUGUGUACCAUAUUUGUUUUUGUUUGCUCGAUUUUGUUUCAUUGGCUUACAAACUCCUGGCAAAUAUUGUAUAGCAAUUUACAGUUUUGCUCUGACACAAAAUUUGAUAUUCUUGGGUGACAGGUGAAUUCAUUGAACAUUUUUAGUGAUAUUUCCAUUGCUACAUAUUGAUCUUUCCAAUAUGCAGUAACUGUUCAUCAGGAUGUUGAAGACUCAUAGUUCCAUAUAUAGGUCAUAUCAUUUGGUCGGAAGAGCAUGACAAUCUUUUUGAUAGAAGAUUUCAUCAGCUUCUGUAUUUUAUGGCAUAAGGAUAGGUGGAAACAUAAACCCAUAUUCAUUAUUACUAUGUCUGUUAAAUUGUUUUUAGCAGUCUCAAGGUUUUAUGUCAGUUAUUAGCCUCAGACGUAACUUAGAUUGGCAAGAAAAAUGCCGAAGGAUAAGCUUUUGGAUCUGAGCGCUUUAUUAUUAACAACACGAACAUUCUCUGAUGUAAGGUUUUGUAACACAAAUCUCUGAUGCAUGUAUAUGCACUAAGAUAAAUAAAUUAACCAAACCAAAGUAGAAACAUCAGAAUUGAUAUUAUCAUUAUUGUUUACUCCCUCUGUCCCUAAAUAUUUGUCGUUUGCGCUUCCUGAGAAAUAAUUAUUGUACAUAAUUAGUAUCGUUGGAAAGAUCUUUGAAUCUAUUUUUUUUUAAUAAAUUUAUUUGGAGAUACAAAUAUUGCAAAUUUUCUACAAAUCGAGUCAAACUUAUGUCACACACACCAACAACGACAGAUAUUUAGGGACGGAGGUAGUAUAUAUCAAUUUAAGCAAUGGCAUAAUCACUAGAGACAUCAUGAUACAUUACUAAUGUAGUAGUCAAAAUAUUGUUGUAGUAGUUAUUUUAGAUUGGAAAGCUAAGUAAUACUUGAUAAAUGCAAUGUAAGGCAGACAUAUCUUAAUCUUAACUGUAAUGUAUAUAUAAACCAUACCUGUUGUUUAGAUACAACUGUGUUUCAGUGACAACAAACUAGAUGCAAUAACAUUUUUUUAAUGUGACCAGCAACACUGAAAUCCAAUAAAACUUCCGUUGCUUUCUUAAGGACAUUUUUCCCUCUACAAACCAGCUGAGGUUCACGCGAUCUGAGGGCAUCCACGUCAGCGUAUUUUUGUCUACCGUGCGCUCCUGUUUUAACAGUCCUUGUUUACCCACCGUUCAUACACUCUACGGGAUAUUUUGUCCAACUAGGUUCAUAUUUCUUGCAUCUAUGUCCACCUUCUUUACUGUCGGCGGUCAACAAAGCAUAUACUGGCUUACAGUGGUUCAAUCAUUUGCUAGAGUUCGCGCUCUUCUGAUAUCUAGGUGAGUGUGUUCUCCUUUUCCUUUAUUUUAUAUUCUUGACUGUUGCAUUUUAUAGCUCUCGUCUUUGUGCGCAGGAUUAACUUCUUCGUCUACGGAGAUUGAUAGUUCCUACUUACUUACAUAAAUGUCAUCUUCUUUCUUUACUCAUUUCCUUCCCACCUUCUCCCUCUCUGCCUUCUUGUACCCUAGCUGAAGGCAAUGUGUCUGACAGGCUGAUCUUCAUCUCUUUCUUUUUUAUUCCUUACAAGAAGGAUUCUCCCUGGCUAUUUUUACUGUUUUGCCUAUGGAGAUUCCUGUCUUCAAAUUUUUCAUGUUUUUAUUUGCCCUCCUUACCUGCAUAGCGGUGCUAAUUGAUUUGUGCAUGCUUUGUUGCUCUAUUGUAGUUUUCUGCUUCUUCCCUGUUCCCACAAUUCUGUUUCACCUCUCAUCAUUCUCCUUUCUUUAUUUUCAGCCAUGGAAAACAAAGCAUUGUCAUGGUUGCUUACAUCAUUGUUUCCCACUUUAACAUGCACUCUGUGUUUUCUUUCUGUUUCCUUUAUUGUUGCUCUGCAUUUGUAGUCGAAAAAAUGUACAGAGGCAUCCCUUUCCAUUGUCGCUGCUAUUUCUGCUGCUGCAGUUUUCUGGCAGGUUGCCAUGGCAGGGAUACCAGGUAUCUUAUACUGUCUAAUAUUUUAAUCUUUUUCUCCACCUUUGCGACAUAUAUCCUCAGCCUUUCAAGCAGUUUCCUGAGACUGAUGUCAACAUGAAGUUUGAUGAAGACCCAAACUAUUCCAAGUUGAUUUCUUUGUUUGAUAGUUUAAUUGGACCAAACACUUCCAUGAGACCAAUCAAUACUGAUGGAACCCAAAAGGUUCUUUUUCAGGCAUCACAUACUUCAUGGGCGAGUUUAAGUGAAACGAUCCUUUAAAAUCUAGAUAUAGUUUGCUUAUGCAUUCUUGUUUGUGGGCACGUUCACCCUGCAAGUAGGGCAGAAGCAUAUAAGGUGGCUUAAUGAUGAUGAUGAUCAUGUAAAAAAGAAGAUUCGGCUAGGUGCCAGUGGAUUUCAGUAUACAAUUCAUGGUCACCAAUGAAGCAGAGGUACCAGUAUGAUGUGGCUGACGCAAGUUAGCCACCUGCGGUUUAUAUUGGUUAUCGAUCGAUGUUCUGAAUUCACUCAUAUGUCUGGGCACUCAGUUGGGAUUUCUGCAACCUCUUGCAAUGGAGCGUGUGCAGCACUGUAUCUGUCUAUGCUGAUGAUGUUGUCAUGUUUUUACAGCCAAACACUAAUGAUCUUAACCUCAUCAAGGAGCUGCUGGAUUUUUUUUUGGUCAGGUCUCUGUAUUAGUGACCAAUAUUGCCAAGAGCUCAGUAUCUCCAACUCAAUGUUCAGAUGAUGAUUGGGUACUGGUUUCCAACAUUCUAUCUUGUGAAAUCAAGGAUUUUCCUUGCACUUAACUUGGUCUUCCUUUGAGCACCCAAAAAACCAGCAAAGCGGAUUGGUUAAAACUGGUUGACAAGGUGGCUGAUAAGUGAUAACCUCCCAAAAUGGAAAGAUUCUCUAUGAAUCGGUCAGGAAAAAGCGAAUGGUGGAAAUUGUCUGGUUUCCUGGAUUCGACUCAAAAUGCCACGACAACAUGGAGGGCUUGGUGUUCAUGAUCUGGAGUACUCAGGAUGGUCUCUCCGCAUUAGGUGGCUUUGGCUUGACAAGACAGAUAGUUCUUGGCCUUGGGCUGGAUUAUCUAUUCAAAUCCCUCAAAAUGCUCAGGCCCUUUUCAAGGCUGUGGCGGAAUCCAUAGUUGGUAAUGGGGAACACAUCCUGUUCUGGUCUGAUAGGUAGUUGGGAGGAAAUACAGUUUCUGAGAUGGCACCUAAUCUGUUAAAAACAAUUGCUAAGAGAGUCAAAACAGCACACAGUAGCACAGGCUUUGGAGAACCCCCCAUGGGUCUCAGAUAUUAAAUGUACACUCUCUGUCCCAGUCCUGAGACACUAUCUCCUGCUAUGGGAUUUGGUUGAUAAUAUCUUGCUGCAAGAGGGUGUUGAAGAUCAGCACCAAUGGAAGCUCACCAGGUCUGGUAUUUAUUCUAGCAAAUCAGCCUAUAAUGCUUACUUUCAUGGCUCCAUUCGCUUUGCUCCAUGGAAAAUAAUUUGGCAGAGCUGGGCUCCUCAAAGCUGCAAGUUCUUCAUCUGGCUUGCAAUCAACAACAGAUGUUUGAACUGUGAUCAUCUAGCAAAGAGAGGAGUCCCUCAUGCAGCGACCUGUCCUCUUUGCGAUCAGGCAGGAGCGUCCAGCCAGCACUUUGAUCUGUUGCAUCUUCACUUGGUCUUGUUUACUAUUCUUCAGAGAUUGGGGUUGAGCUCCAUCAGCCUGGUUUCUACUAGCAAUUUUUCAUGUUGGAAUGUUAUUGGUGGUACCGGGCAAUCAAUGACGUACAUAAGGAGAUGAAAAAAGGGCUUAAUACUCUAAUUUCCGUGGCGACCUGGGAAAUUUGGAAUCACGGGAAUGAGUGUGUUUUUAAUGGUGCAAGUCCAAGCAUCACAAUUUUAUCUCAGACAAUCACAAAUAAAUGCAUCCUAUGGUGCUCUGCUUGUGCAGGACUCCAGGAGUAGAUCGCUUGUUAUUAGAGCAUCUCUAGCAAAAUUCGUUUCCUAAAUCUUGUUUGCUAACUCCCAGAAUAAUAUGGAGAGGGAAAAAAAUAUCAUCUUCAAUAA